AUGCAGUUGCAAGCCAACCUCCGACCCAAAUCCAUUUUCCUCUCUACCAACAACACUUCAUACUCACGAACUCUUUUCCCUCUCUUCAACUUCUCAUCUCUCUCCUAUCCCAUCUCUAAGUCUACCCAUAUCUCACCAUCUUCGUCCUCAUCUUCUUCCUCUUCUCAAUGGUUCUCCGUCAUCCGCACCGCAAUUACCACCAUGGAUUUGCAGCUCGGCAAGCGUGUGCAUGCGCUUAUCAUAACCUCCGGCAACGACCCCGAUCAUUUUUUGACCAACAACCUCAUUACCAUGUACUCCAAAUGCAGGUCGCUUUCAUGCGCACGCCGCCUGUUCGAUAAAACGCCCGGCCGGGACCUUGUCACCUGGAACUCCAUUCUAGCAGCCUACGCGCAAGCAGCGGGCUCUGAUGUUGACAACGUUCAAGAGGGUCUUACCCUUUUCCGCAGUCUUCGCGAGUCUGUCGUUUUUACCAGUAGACUCACUUUGGCGCCCGUUUUAAAGCUGUGCUUGCUCUCAGGGAAUGUAUGGGCUUCGGAGGCUGUUCAUGGUUAUGCUGUUAAAAUUGGAUUGGAAUGGGAUGAGUUUGUUUCUGGUGCACUUGUGAAUAUAUAUUCCAAACUCGGACGGAUUAAAGAGGCUCGUGCAUUGUUUGAUGGGAUGGAGGAAAGGGAUGUGGUGUUGUGGAAUACAAUGCUCAAGGCCUAUAUGGAGAUUGGUCUUGAGAAAGAAGGACUUUCUCUCUUCUCUGCGUUUCACCGGAGUGGAUUACGUCCUGAUGAUGUCAGUGUGCGUUCUGUUCUUAGUGGGAUUGACAAAUUUUAUUUUUAUGAAGGCAAGAGGAACAUGGAGCAGGUUCAAGCAUACGCAGUGAAAUUGUUUCGUUACGAUGAUAUUAAAUUGUUCAGUUACGAAGUUACCAAGUCAGACAUAUAUUCGUGGAACAAGACGUUGUCCGAUUAUGUUCAAGCUGGUGAAAAUUGGGCUGCUAUAGACUGUUUUAGAAAUACGGUUAGAUCAAAAGUAGAGUUUGACAGUGUGACAUUAGUUGUUAUUCUAUCUGCAGUUGCAGGUGUAAGUGGUUUGGAGUUGGGAAAACAGAUUCACAGUGCUGCUUUGAGAUCAGGGUUUGAUUCUGUUGUUUCUGUUGCAAAUAGCCUUAUCAACGUGUAUUCAAAGGCUCGUUCUGUUUAUUCUGCGAGAAAAGUGUUCAAUAACAUGAAAGAAGCGGACUUAAUUAGUUGGAACUCAAUGAUAUCAUGUUGUGUGCAAAGUGGUUUAGGAGAGGAAUCGGUGAUUUUAUUUAUAGGCAUAUUACGUAAUGGUCUAAGACCUGAUCAAUUUACUACCGCAAGUGUUUUAAGGGCUUGCUCCUCACUUGAAGGAGGGUUGUAUGUCAGUAAACAGAUUCAUGUUCAUGCUAUAAAAUCUGGUAUUGUCACUAACCGUUUUGUUUCAACGGCUCUUAUUGAUGUUUAUUCUAGAAGUGGAAAGAUGGAGGAGGCGGAGAUCCUUUUUGAAAACAAACGUAAAUUCAACCUGGCAUCUUGGAAUGCAAUGAUGUUUGGGUACAUAAUGAGUAAUGACAGUCACAAAGCAUUGAAACUUAUGAGGAUGAUGCAUGAAAGUGGACAGAGGGCAGAUGAAAUUACUUUGGCGACUGUGGCUAAGGCCACUAGUAGCCUGGUAGCUUUGAAACCAGGGAAGCAAAUUCAUGCUCAUGCCAUAAAAACAGGGUUUUCUUCAGAUCUCUUUGUUAAUAGCGGUAUUCUAGAUAUGUAUAUUAAAUGUGGAGACAUGCGAAGUGCACAUGGAAUUUUCAAUGGCAUCCCUGCACCUGAUGAUGUUGCAUGGACAACUAUGAUCUCAGGCUGCGUAGAAAAUGGAGAUGAAGGGCGCUCUCUUUAUAUAUACCAUCAGAUGAGGCAGUCGGGAGUUCAGCCUGAUGAGUAUACCUUUGCUACCCUUGUCAAAGCCAGCUCUUGUCUGACAGCAUUGGAACAAGGGAAACAGAUACAUGCAGAUGUCAUAAAGUUGGAUUGUUCCUUGGACCCUUUUGUUGCGACAUCACUUGUUGACAUGUAUGCUAAGUGUGGUAACAUAGAAGAUGCGUAUUGUUUAUUCAGAAGGAUGGAUGUUAGGAACAUUGCCCUGUGGAAUGCCAUGUUGGUGGGUUUAGCUCAGCAUGGAAAUGCUGAAGAAGCACUAAAUCUUUUCAGAGUCAUGAAAUCUAAGAACGUUGAGCCUGAUAGAGUUACUUUCAUUGGAGUCCUUUCAGCAUGUAGCCAUUCUGGUUUAGUUUCUGAAGCUUAUGAGCAUUUUUCUUCAAUGCAAAAGGAUUACGGUGUUGAACCUGAGAUUGAGCAUUACUCUUGCCUAGUGGAUGCCCUUGGCCGUGCAGGGCGUGUUCAAGAGGCAGAAAAGCUGAUAGCAUCAAUGCCCUUUGAAGCUUCUGCUUCAAUGUACGGAGCCCUGCUUGGUGCUUGCAGGAUUAAAGGGGACACAGAAACCGGAAAACGAGUAGCAGCACAGCUCUUGGCCAUGGAGCCAUCUGACUCAUCCGCCUACGUUCUUUUAUCCAACAUCUAUGCUGCUGCCAACCAGUGGGAUGUUGUGAGUGAUGCUAGAACAAUGAUGAAGAGGCAGAAGGUAAAGAAAGAACCAGGUUUCAGCUGGAUAAAUGUAAAGAACAAGGUACAUUUGUUCGUGGUAAACGAUAAAUCCCAUCCACAAGCUGAUCAGAUACAUGACGAGGUGGAGGACUUGAUGAAACAGAUCGGCGAAGAAGGGUACGUCCCGGAUAGAGGGUUUGCACUGGUUGAUAUUGAAGAAGAGGAGAAAGAGCGUUAUCUCUAG